UUCCCUCUCCCGCAGACAGUGGUCGCUGCACGGGCGGAUUGGGAUGGAUUUAUAGCAAGGGAAAUCGCUGCGUUAUGAAUUUCAUAAAAUCUUUGCUUCUCGGUUGUGGACUGUAUUCUUUCGAGAUUUUGCCAGAUUUGUUUAUUUACUCUCCUCUGUUGAAUACGUAAGAACGUAAGAACUGUACGGGUUUUGAAAGCAUCUUGUUGUUUGCAAAGCAGGCCGCGCAGUCCUCGGAUUUUCCAAACAAUUCGUCCGGCAUGGUGCGCUCGGCCCUCGGGACACUUGCGGCAUUUCACACCCGGUGCCGAACCAUGAUGUGCACCUAGCGCCUAGUUCGACAGCAGUGGUCGUAGUAGUGAAGCUUUCUAAUUUACGAUUGACUGAGAGCUGUUGUCACUGCCAGCAUACUUCAUAUACAACACUCUACUGUAAAUAUAACAGUAUUUACAACACUGCAAGCUGAUUUGUGAACCGCUCUGAAGUGAAGUUAACUCUCCACAGAGGCAACUAAGUGAACUGUGGUGCCAAAACAGAAGCAAUACCAUAUUAUUUAAAACUUUUAUAUUGACCAUUGGCCAGUGACUUUAGAAUGGCAUCUGUUCCUGUUUACUGCUUGUGUCGUCUCCCGUAUGAUGUCACCCGAUUCAUGAUUGAGUGUGAUGUUUGUCAGGACUGGUUUCAUGGCAGUUGUGUUGGAGUGGAAGAGGACAAAGCAGCAGAAAUUGAUCUGUAUCACUGUCCUAACUGCCAGGUGUCACAUGGACCCUCUGUCAUGCGUAAACGACGGGGGGCUCCUAAGCAUGCUGAUACUAGUGUGGGGAGAGAAUCAGGACGACCUGUGAAGACGGGCAGUGCUCAGUUUGUCAGGGAGCUACGCAGCCGCACUUUUCCCAGUGCUGAUGAAGUCCUGCUGAAGCCAACCGGGGCCCAGCUCACCGUUGAGUUUCUAGAGGAGCGCUCUUUCAGCGUCCCGGUCCUGGUCCUCAGGAAAGAUGGCCUGGGCAUGAAUCUGCCCCCGUCGUCCUUCUCUGUAUCGGAUGUAGAGCAUUAUAUUGGAGCUGAAAAGGAAAUUGACGUGAUUGAUGUCGUUCGCCAAGCAGACCUGAAGAUGAAACUGGGAGAGUUUGUGGAGUACUAUAACAGCCCAAACAGAGACCGAGUGCUGAAUGUGAUCAGCUUAGAGUUCUCAGACACCAGGUUGUCAAAUCUGGUGGAGACACCAAAGAUCGUGAGGAAGCUGUCAUGGGUGGAGAAUCUCUGGCCUGAGGAGUCGGUCUUUGAGAGGCCUAAUGUGCAGAAAUACUGCCUGAUGGGAGUGAAGGACAGUUACACGGACUUUCACAUUGACUUUGGAGGAACCUCUGUGUGGUACCACGUACUCCGGGGUGAGAAGAUCUUUUACCUCAUUCGUCCCACUGCUGCUAACCUGUCCCUGUUUGAGUGCUGGAGUUCAUCCACCAAUCAGAAUGAGCUGUUCUUUGGGGACCAAGUAGACAUGUGCUACAAAUGUUCAGUUAAGCAAGGAAACACCCUCUUCAUCCCAACAGGGUGGAUUCAUGCUGUCCUGACCCCUGUGGACUGUUUGGCAUUUGGGGGAAAUUUUCUACACAGCCUCAACAUUGACAUGCAGCUUCGAGCAUAUGAGAUAGAAAAGCGUCUAAGCACGGCAGACUUAUUCAGGUUUCCAAACUUUGAAACGGUGUGCUGGUAUGUUGGCAAGCAUCUGCUCGACACCUUCAGAGGUCUGAGAGAGAAUCGACGGCAUCCUGCCACUUAUUUGGUCCACGGAGCCAAAGCUCUCAAUAAUGCUUUCCGUAGCUGGACACGGAAGGAAUCCCUGGCUGAGCAUGAACUCGAGAUACCAGAGACCAUAAAGAUCCAGCAGUUAGUGAAGGACUUGGCCAAGGAGAUACGGCUGGUUGAGGAUAUCUUCCAGCAGAACAUCGGCAGGAGUGGAGCACCCUUUGGUGGCUCUCAGGGUCUUCCCUCUCCUCACCCCAAAGCUCCAUUGAACACAUCCUUUAAUUUUGGCCAACACCCAGGUAAAAAGAAAGGUCCCAAGCUGAAGGAUGGAUUUGGAGGAGUGGGCAUAGGCCCUCCAGGAGCUAAGAAAAAGAGCCAAAAAGGCAAAGAGAUAAAAACAGAAGCCGGGGAGCUGGACCUACUCGAGAUUCAUACUAAACACACGCUCAAGAAGUUCCAGCCAGGGUGCAAAGUCAAAAAGAGCAAGCUUGAGCUGCCCGAUGACUGUCUAGAUGACUUUGAAGAGAAGAUCAACAAGAGCAAGCUCAAGCUCGUGCUGACUAAUGGAAAGAUACAUGGGAAAAAAGGUCGUGCUGGCAGUGCGAACGGAGCCGGGAGUUCACUUCAACAGUUCCAGCCCCACAUGGCUACUUUGUCUGACUUUGAUUCUGAAGAUGAGCUUCAGAUUGAUGAAACCCCUCCACCUCGCCGUAGACCAUCUCUACCAAGCAAGAAGAAAUUAGCUGGUCUACCAAGGAAACUACCUCGGGCCAAACCAUGCAGCGACCCCCACAGAAUCCGUGAGCCAGGAGAAGUGGACUUUGAUAUUGAGGAGGAUUACACCACAGAUGAGGAGAUGCUCACAGUGCAAGGUGUGAAAGGUGGAGCAGGUGGGAUUUUAGACUUGCUCAAGGCAAGCAAACAGGUGGCGGGUCUCGAUUCUGCACUGAGCGAGGAAGCACCAGCCUCCCCCAGCACCCGUGAUGCUAUCCAGGGCAUGCUCUCAAUGGCCAACCCUCCCUCUUCCUCAUCUUCUUCCUCCUCCUCCUCUCCUCUCUCUAUCUCCGGAGGAGGUGAGAUGAUGGGGCUUUUGAAGGAGAAAGGUGGGAGAGUUGGGUGGAUAAGUGGAGUAAAGAAGAACGAGAAGAAGUCCACCAUUCAGAGGCCAGGGAAACGGCCCAUCAAGCGUCCAGCACGGCACCUCAGUGACGAAGAAAGCUUGGAUGAACAGGAGACCCUGGGUACCUGUUUUAAAGACUCUGAUUAUGUGUAUCCGUCACUAGAAUCUGACGAGGAGGACCACUUAAGCAAGUCCAAAAUGAAAAGAAAGAGAAACUGGGAUGAUACACCCUGGAGUCCUAAAGCCCGUGUGACCCCUACACUGCCCAAGCAGGAGCGACCGGUAAGAGAGGGUGCCAGGGUGGCAUCUGUUGAAACUGGGCUGGCAGCUGCUGCUGCCAAACUGGCACAACAGGAACAGCAGAAAACCAUAACCAAGAGAAGAUACACCAAGAAGAAGGUCCCUCAAGAGAAAGUACAUUCUGCAGCUGCCCAACUCCAGCGUCAGCCGGACUCUCCACCCGUGUCUCCUCCUCUCCCCUCUGAGCCUCCUGUGGACUGCAUAGUUGAAGAGAGGAGAGUGGAGGUGUACUCUGCCAGCCUGCUGGACCACGAGUACACCGCGGGACCAGGUCCGUUCAGCCCUGGGGGUCCAAGAGGAAGUGGUGCCAUGGCCCCUGGUGUGUUCCUGACUUCAAGACGCCACUCUCUUUCUCCCCAAAACAGCAGCAGCUACUCCCCCUCUGCCCCCUCACCCGUAGGUCUGGCAACUCCAACAUCAACAGGAGCGUGUCAAGGGAAACGUCCAAAGAAAGGACUUGCCACAGCUAAACAGAGACUGGGAAAGAUUCUGAAAAUACAUCGAAACGGCAAGCUUCUCCUUUAGAUUGAUAUGGAGAAGAGACUGCAGGGAACAAUAGAGGUGGAGAACACAAAUGAGGAUGAGAGGACCUGAAUGAUAAUGGAGUUAAAUUAUGUGACUGUUUUAUGGUUCUGCUUGACUGGUUUUAUUUGCUACAUCUGGGCGAAAAGUGAAAAACAGUAACUUGCUGUGAGAAAACUCAAGUGAAAUCCAUUGAGCAUGUUUUUUUUAGGAUAGAAACUCUAUUUGAAAAGCAAAUAGAGCUAAACAGACAUAUACAUUUAACAAUGGAUACCAGUGAGCGAUGUCUGUAUUGCUAAAUUGCUAUUUUUUUCAAGUGCUCCACCUCUAGAAUGCAUACAUGUACACUCCACCUAAACCCUCUUUGAUUUAUAGUUAAGUUUUAGUUUUAACAUUGUAUAUUUCUAGAAAAAAAAGCUAAAUUCUGAGGAGCACUUGAUGUUAGAUCAAAUUGCCUAAGGCCAUUGGAAAAAAACAAUUAGAACAAAGACUGGUGUAUUUGGAAAUUUGACAUCCCCCCCCAAAAAAAAAUUGUCCCAUGGAGGAGAGAUCUAAUUCUUCAGUUAUCAGCUCACCCAUUCUCAGUGCUAUUUGUCCCAGUCUAAUCUCCUCCUAAAGCCAUGCAUAUUGUUUGUUUACAUGCUUCAUUUAGUGUGUGUUCAUAUCAAAUUGUUUUAUACCAUAGAAGGCAAUUUGAUACACCAUCGUAAUUUCUGUAGAUGAAGUCCUGUAGUAACGUCUCUUUGCUUGUUAAAUAAUGUUUUUACCGUAGUUUACUAACUCAUUUUUAUCAACAAAUGUAUUUUAGAUGUGUAUAUAUAUAUUUUAUAUAAGUUUGUCUUGUUUUGUUUGUUUGUUUUCCACUCAGCAUGGGCAGUAUAAUGUCCUGCCACCAUUUGGCCAUGGUUGUCUUGUUGGACUUUCCAUCUAUAGUACAGCUCCGAGUUUAAAUUGGGUUGAGUUCAGUGGUACACAUUUUAGUAAUUGUAAAGAACAUGGAAAGUGAUUUUAGAGCAGUUUUGAGAUCUGAUGGCUGAUUUUUGUAGGUUCAGUGUAUAUAUUUGAUGUUUUAUUUGAUUUUUUUUUUCUCGAAAGAAAGAAAUUGCAUUGGAAUCUUUCUUGACACACCUUGUACAAAAUAUUCACGUUUGAUUAAGUAACAGCAUAAGAGUUGUUUAGUCAGUUUUAUUUGUAUAGAAUAAUUAUGCUGUUAUUUUUCAUUGAUGCUUAUGAUAUUAGCAAUGUGAUAAAGUUAAUGUAUUCUACUGCUAUGUCAAUGUUAUUGUUUAUUUUAUUUUCCCCCCACUUAUCAAUAAUAUUGUGUUGUCAAUAUACUUUAGUUUUGCGUUAUAUAUAUAUAUAUAUAUAUAUAUAUAAUUUGUUUUUAUUUGCAAAAUAUAACAUUUUCUUGUAAUUUUAAUGUAAUGGAAACAAUACUUUUUUUAGUCUUCUCCCUUCACAAUUAUGUCCAUAAUCAGCACCAAAAAUAUUGAUAAAUCAAUGGGCCAGUGUAAAUAUUAUUUUACUGUAUUUUGUUUUUCCUGAAAAUGUCACACAUCUUCACCCCGAACUGUCACUAUGCCAUCCGAAUGUGAUUAGAAACUUGUUUUAAAGUGGUUUGUAGAAAUUAGUAUUGAACUUGAAAUAACAGAAGACAGUUGUUAGAAUAUUCUUUUUAAAAAAAUUCGAAAUUGUUUUCAGAUAAUUCUGCAAUUUAAAAGGAAAUUUCUGGAAUAUUUUGAGUUUUUUGUACAUUUGUUUGGUUUGACUACUACUUCACAUCAUCUCUAAAUAUACGCUCAUAUUUUACUAAACAUUUGUGCCUUCAGUAAUGUCCCAAACAUAGUAACCUCUCUUACUGAAACUUCUACUGAGACACUAUUCAGGAUCUCUAGAAAUUGACAGUGAAAAACGGAAAUGAUGUGAAGAAAGCUGCGCAACAAAGAAAGUGUUCAAAAAUCUCAAAAUAUAAGAGGACUGGCUUUUAAAGAUGUUUUUUAAUUAAAACACAUUUAAUUAAGUUAUUAUCUUCUUUAUCGUCUUGAAUUAAUUGUGUGGAUUUUAGGAUUAAGUUAUCCUUUAACCUUUUUCUUGUAUGUUGAUGUUUAUUUUGAACAAUUAAUGUUGAUCAUACAGUUCCUCUCAGGGUUUAUUUUGUAUCUAAUAUCAUUUUGAUAGAGCAACAGUAGUGUUAGGAGUAAACAUUCAGGACCACUUAAAAACCAAGUCAAAUUUCAACCCAUUUAAUAUUUAUAAUUGGACGUUGUAUUUUGCUAUUGUCACCACCUUUGGUUUUUGAAACGGCUUGAGCAGUUCUUUCCAAAUGACCUCUAUUAAAAAGUAUUUUUUAAAAAUUG